UUUUAUCUGUCCUUUAAAACUUUUAUUAUUACAUCAGUUGGCUUCCAUUUCCAGGUAACACCACAGCUCUCCUCGGUACAGAACCGCUUCAUUAUUCAAAUAGAUUCAAAGGAAGCAGAUUGGUUCUGCUGAUCAAUAACUGAUCAGAUCGUAACUGAUCAGAUCAUAACUGAUCGAUAAAUGAUCAGAUCGUAACCGAUCGAUAAAUGAUCAGAUCGUAACCGAUCGAUAACUGAUCAGAUCGUAACCGAUCGAUAAAUGAUCAGAUGAUAACCGAUCAAUAAAUGAUCAAAUCGUAACCGAUCGAUAACUGAUCAGAUCGUAACCGAUCGAUAACUGAUCAGAUCGUAACCGAUCGAUAACUGAUCAGAUCUCUCGGGUCGUUUCAGCCUCUGGAUUUCCUCCAGGCUGUUUUCUGCAGGGCGGAGCUUGAAGUGAAAAGCUUCUUCCUGCGAAGUCGACAUUCAGGUUUCAGAGACCGAGCGGCUCAGUCCAAGUCUGCUGCAGCACGGAGCGGCUCCGGGUUCUACUGGGCCGACUGGAGGACGUACUGGUGGAUGUACUGGGAGGACAGUUCACCACUGUAAGUGUCUGCCGUUUGUUUCAGUGCAUUCUGGGAUCUGUAGUUUUGGACCUGCAGCUCCUCGUUGCUAUGGACUGGUUGCCAGGUCUCUGAUGUCUCGGUAGGAUGGUUCUGUGGUGUGACGAAGAUCACCAGCAGAGCAUCAUCUUCAUCACUGGAGCAGAUCGUCCAGGAUUUAACAAUCAGGGAUUGAUUUCACACCAGAACCGGUCCAGAACCGCUCCAGAACCCGUCCAGAACCGCUCCAGAACCCGUCCAGAACCGCUCCAGAACCCAUCUCCUUCCUGAAUCAUCCCGUCAGGUUUUUACUUUAUGUCAGUUUGGAAAGUCAGACAUUUGUUCAUAAACAUUUGUUUGGUUCUGAUUUGGGGUCUUUGAGCAUCAGGAGGUGAAAUCUGAUCAUUUUCUCAUCAUUUCUGUGUUGCUGCUUUUUCCUGCAGCUGUUUCUGCAGAUGAAAGAGAAGCAGUUUAAUAAUAGGAAGAACUGAGUCAUCAGGAGAACAAAGGCAGCAUCAGGGAGUGGCUGCUGAUCAAAUAUCUGGAAAUAUUUUCUCUGGAAAUAAACUGAAAACUAUUUGAGUUCAUCAAGUGAAAACGGAGCCGCGGAAGCUAAGCUAACUGUCAGUAUUAUUAUUAUUACAUGCAGAAUUUAAUAUUUUUUGUUUUGCUGCGUUUGGAAAAGAAUUAUGAAGAUGUAUUUGUAUUUUUGCUCCUCUUCGUGGCGCCCCUGGACUGCAGGCGCCCGCAGCGUUUUAACUCUGCUCCAUGAAAGCUCAGUGUUGAGCUGCAGUUGGUGCAUGUGGAGCGUAGGAAAGUUCUGCAGAAGGACGAUCUCGUCCGACUGGAGGAGUUUUCAGGAAUAGUCUUGCGUGGUGUUGAUGUGCUUUAAGGAAACAGCCACAGCAAUGAGAUUAAAUCAGCUGCGUUUCCAUGGAAGUGACCAUUCAGGUUCUGCUGCUGAUGGGGAUUAGCAUGAAGCUAACUGACGUAGCCUGACUGUAACCCUUCGUUUGCUCUGAGUCAGGAGUUUAAGCUGGGAGGUUCUAAAGAGAAUCAACCAGCAGCAGGUUGGGGAGGGGGGUCAGUGGAGUGCAGCGCCAAGGCGCCCCUAGUGGCCAAAGAGCAGAACUGCAGCAGUAAUUAACGGAGGUGAUGCUGUUUGUCCUGCAGGAGAACUUCAGGAUCACGGAUCUCAGGAUGGCGGCGAAGAGUAAGAAGCAACCAGCAGGAUGUCAACCCAGCAAACCGGCCGCCAAGAACUCCUCAGCUUGUCCCUGCUGGUGUUGUCCUUUUCAGCGAGCAGAACUUCAUGAACCUGAACGGAUCCAGUCACCUGGACCUCAGAGUGAAGCUAAAGCUAAAGUAGCCAACACAGCGUCGCUCCUUCAGGGUUUUGUUCAAAAGAUCUGGAGUGAAGACCAGGCAGACUUCUGGCCCUCGGUUUGUCCUCCUGGGGAUAAAAAUGCUGAGUCGAAGCUUUGGCUGAAGAAGACUUUGGAAAAGUUAAACGAUAGAGAGCUGAGAUAUUUCCACUGGUUCCUGCAAACUGCAGACAACUUUAAACCAAUCAGAAGGAGUCGCCUGCAGCAUGCUGACAGACUGGACACAGUCGACCUGAUGCUCCAGACGUAUCCAAAAAAUUACCAAAAGGUCACCCAGAAGAUUAUGGAGAAGGUCAACAGUCGUACGAAACAUGAGGUUCAUAACUGGGUUCUGGGCUCUCUGGACAAUCUGGACGACAAACAGCUGAAGUACUUCCACUGGUUCCUCCAAACGGCAGACGAGUCCAAGGACGGCUUCAACCGAAUCCAGAAGAAAGACCUGGAGGAUGCAGACAGGCUGGACACAACGGACCUGAUGGUUCAGACGUACGCCACAAACACCAAGGAGGUCACAGAGAAGAUCCUGAAGAAGAUCAAGAACAACAAAGGCAAAGACAUACCAGGAGCUGAGGAGCAGAUGAAGCCGUCUUCUCCAGCUGAAGCAGAAAAGAAAGAAGUCUCCAAGGUUCUGGAGGAGUUUGUUAAGAAAGCUCCAAAUGAAACCCUGACCCGGCUGUCAGAGGCUCUAGCAGCGGACGGUGUGUUGAAGUCCUCUGAGAAGCAACGCAUCCUGGAGAAGAACCACACCAGAGGAAACAGAGCGAGCUGCCUUGCUGACACAGUGAUGGAUAAAGGAGCUGCUGCCUGGAAGAAGAUGAUCCACCACCUUCAGGCUGUUGAUGCUCCACUGUCCUCCAAGCUGGGCUUGUCCUCUGGUCCAUUUGUUCAGCAAGUUCAAAGUUCACAGGAACCCAAAACCAAACCAGUAUCAGAACCAGGACUUGUUUGUAAACCGGCCAUUCAACAACUCUUUUCUCUAAAAUCUUACCACAAACCCGUCGAUGACGAGAAGGACGUCUGGCAGCAGAUCUGUCCUGAAGGGGACAACGAUUCUGACAUCAAGCAGUGGUUGAAGGAGCAUCUGGAAGAUCUGGACAGCAGGGAGAUGAAGUACUUCCACUGGUACCUUCACACCGCGGACAAGUCCAAGGACGGCUUCAAGCCGAUCAAGAAGAGCCGCCUGGAGCACGCAAACAGACUGGACACGGUGGACCUGAUGGUUCAGACAUACACCAACACCACCAAGAUGGUGGCACAGAAGAUCUUCAAGAAGAUCAAUAAAAACAAAGGACAUGACUGUAAAGAUUGGCUUCUGGACACUUUGUUAGAGUUGGACGACAAGGAGAUGAAGUACUUCCACUGGUACCUUCAAACCGCAGACAAGUCCAAAGACGGCUUCAAACCGAUCAAAAAGGGUCAACUGGAGGACGCAGACCGGCUGGACACGGUGGACCUGAUGGUUCAGACCUACGCCUCAAACACCAAGACGGUCACAGAGAAGAUCCUGGAGAAAAUCAAUAACAAUAAAGACAAAGGUCUCUCUGAGGUGGAGGAGCAGAUUAAUCUAACAUCUCCAAAUGAAGAGAAAGUGCUCACCAGGAUGCUCAAUGACUUUGUGGAGAAGGUACCAAAAGAAACGUUGUCACAGCUCAUGGAGUCUCUGAUGACUGCAAACACCCUGAAGUCUUCAGAGAAGGAGACAAUCCUUCAGAACCACACCAGAGUCAACAUGGCCAGCUGCUUCGUUGACAUUGUGAUGGAGAAGGGAAUCAACGCCUCCAAGGAGCUGAUGAACCGUCUUCAAACCAUCAACCCUCACCUGUCCUCUGAGCUGCGCUCACCGUCUACCCCAGGUCAAAAGUCUUUUAUAAAGCUCUUCACUAGUAAGAAAACGAGGGAGAUGACGAAGGAACAGGAGGAAUGCUGGCGCCAGAUCUGCCCUCCAGGAGAUAAAGAUGCUGAUUUGAAGCGUUGGUUGAAGAAAACUCUGGAGGAUCUGAAGAACAGGGAGGUGAAGUAUUUCCACUGGUACCUGCGGAUUGCAGACGAGUCCAAAGACGGUUUCCAACCAAUCAAAAGGUACCGUCUGAAGCACGCGGACAGACUGGACACGUUGGACCUGUUGGUGCAGAUGUACCCUGGAAAGGUGAAAGAGGUCACAGAGAAGAUCCUGGAGAAGAUCAGGACCAACACGGCGCAGCACUGGAUCCUGGAAAUGUUUGUGGACAUGGGAGACCAGGACCUUAAAUACUGCCAGAUGUUACUGCAGGGCGCCGACAAGCUGAAGCGCACCUCCCUGAAGAGGGUUCCUCCGUCAGGGGGACAGGAAGUGGACGCCAUGAACCUGAUGAUGCAGAUGUACAACUCAGAGCACAGAGAGGCGCUAGAGAGAGCUCUGAAUGAAAUCCAGGAGUCUUCAGAACUGCCUGAAGACGAAGACCAGGACAACCCAGCUUCUCCAACGGCUCUACGAGCAAAGAAAAUGAAGAGCAUGCUGCUUGACUUUAUCAAGAAAGUGUCCAAUAAAACCUUGGAGCAGCUUCUGAAGGACCUGGUAGUGGACAAGGUGCUCACCGCCUCAGAGAGACAAUCAGUGGUGGAGAAGAACCACACCAGAGUGAACAAGGCCAGCGGCCUGGUGGAGAUCCUGAAGGAGAAAGGACCAGAAGCCUGUCAGAAGAUGAUCAGCCAUGUUGAAACAACGGAUCCUCCACUUUACGCCAAACUGGGUUCUUCCCAGAGCCCCAAUUUCCAACAAGAGCUGCUCCAGAUGCUGUCCUUCAACCUGAAGGAGGAUGAAGGACCAGAGGAAGAGGAAGAGGACAAAUAAACAGGACAUGGAAUUGGUCACGUUGAGGAGCAACUGAAGAUUCAACUUCCUGUUUCUAGAGCUGAUGGUUUCCUGUUUUGUCCACCACUGUUCAGUUUUCCACGUUGGACUUCAGCUUCAAUAAAAACCUUUAAUUAUAA